AUGUCCAGUAACACCCAGAGCACGCAGACCAGGACCGCGUUGAGUAAGGAACUUGACAUCGACGCUUUGAUAGUGCAGUUGGGCCAGUUCGGCCGCUACCAGCGGUGGGUGUUCGCAUACCUCGGCUUGGCUAUCAUAUUCACCAGUAUCUACAACUGCCAAUAUGUAUUUAAUGCUGCUGGCGACAAUUACAGGUCAGUUUCGUUCGUGACUGUGAGUGGACUUCGUUUGUGCUCAAUAGGGAAAUAUUAUAAAAAUAGAUAUAGUUUGAUACUCUACCCCCGCACAGUUUGUCAGACAGUGUGCAGUCUUCAGAUAAGAAAAUAUAGGAAGCUUACUUCGUACCUACUGUUGUUUAGAUGUAAAGUUCCCGAGUGCGAACAGUCCCCGCCAGUGUACAGUCGAACGGAGCCAUGGGGAAAAUUCGCGUUGCCAUCAAAAGGUUUCAACUGCUACCGGAAAAUUCCCAUCGGCAAGAGUUGCGCGCCUGAGAGCUUCUCCAACACAACCCGGCGCUGCUACUCCUGGGUCUACGAAGGAGGAACUACUAUAGUUGCUGAGUUUGAUUUGGCGUGUCAGGAGUGGAAACGCACCUUAGUGGGCACGAUCCACAACUUCGGCGUGUUCUUGGCCAUACCGCUCACUGCUGCGGUCUCUGAUACUUACGGCCGGCGUUUCGCGCUAAUCGGCACCUGUGUGGCCCCAGCUGUCUUCGGUCUUUUGCGAGCCUUCUGCAGGAAUUACAUAUUGUACUUGUUUUUGGAGUUCGUCGAAGCACUAGUUGGCAAUGGCACAUACAGCACAGCGUUUAUCAUAGCUCUUGAGAUUGUGGGUCUAAAGAUGCGAGUACUCGGUGGAAAUAUAAUCCAGAGCACGUACGCGGUGGGGCAGAUCCUGACCGCUAUCAUUGCCUGGGUAAUUCCUUACUGGAGGACCUUUACAAUCGUCAUUUUUACUCCCUCUUUCCUAUUCAUUUUCUAUAUCUUCUUUGUGGAAGAAAGCUUUCGGUGGUUGAUGGUCAAGGGACACGAUGAUGAAGCUGCAAGAAUCCUUCUAAAAGUAGCAAAGUGGAACAACGCACAUCUUUUACCAGAAACAAAGGCAAUUCUGACCGGUGAACCAAGCAAAUUUAGUCGACCCUGGAACCCGUUUCCACUUAGCACGGUGCCGCCACCACCGCCCAAAGAGACGCGGCUGAUGCUGAAAGUGCUAAAGUCCAGGACGAUGAUGUUCCGCAUCAUUGUGGUGUCAUUCUGGUGGAUAUCGGUGACCAUGAUCUACUACGGCCUAUCCAUCAACUCGGUCUCGCUGGUGGGCAACAAGUACGUCAACUAUAUGAUGACAGCAUUUGUCGAGAUCCCUGGCUCGUUUCUUUGCUUUAUGACACUUGACCGAUUUGGAAGAAAAAGUUCUAUAAUGACAAGCUUUUUCGUCUGUGGUUUGUCGUUGCUGGUACUACCAAUUGUAAAAAAUCCGAAUCUAACGAUACUCCUGACUUUAGUGGGAAAGAUGAUGAUCAGCCUAAUCUUCUCCGGUAUUUACAUCUAUACGGUGGAGUUGUUCCCGACGAGCGCGCGCCACCGCAUGUUGGGCAUCUGCUCCAUGACGGGCCGCAUCGGCUCUAUGUGCGCGCCGCAGACACCUCUGUUGGUUGAUGGCGUACAUGAAGUCCCUCCCGUACAUUCUGUUCGGCUCGCUGGCUGGUACGUCGGGGCUGUUAAUGCUACUAACUCCGGAGACGCUGCACAUGAAGCUGCCCGACACCAUCGAGCAGGCGGAGCAGAUGACCCUCGCCAGCCGCACCACCAAAACGACCAAUCUAAUCUCGUAACACUGAGCUUGCCCUGCUGGCCUCAGACUUACUCUCACUAUUCGCAAGUCUUUAGUGGUAUUUGA